AUGACUUAUCUUUUAAAGUCUUAUUACCUUAUUCAAUUGGCUUAUUGGCUUCAUCAAGUAGUGGUUUUAAUCCUGCAACUCGAGAGACCUCGUAAAGACCUUUUACAAUUAGUUGCUCAUCAUAUUAUCACUAUUCUGCUGAUUGGUGGUAUGUAUUUGGGAUCCGUUAAAUGGCUAUUGGCUUACAUGGUGGUCCAAAUACAUUGUUUUACUAGGAAUGACCCUUUUACAAAUCUUAAUGAUUUAUUGGUUCACUCUUAUUUUGAAAAUUGCGUGGAAAACACUCGAAGUGAUACUGAAGAGUGA